AUGGCUGAAUCAGAACCUAUCCCCGAGCCUCCUGGCUACCCUCUCAUUGGAAACUUGGGAGAAUUUAAGACGAAUCCACUCAAUGACUUGAACCGUCUGGCCGACACAUACGGUCCCAUUUUCAGACUGCAUCUUGGAUCAAAGUCACCCAUUUUUGUCGGAAGCAACGCUUUUAUCAACGAAGUUUGCGAUGAGAAACGCUUCAAAAAGACACUCAAGUCGGUUCUGAGUGUCGUUCGAGAAGGUGUUCAUGAUGGUCUUUUCACAGCAUUCGAGGAGGAGCCCAAUUGGGGCAAGGCACACAGAAUCUUGAUUCCUGCCUUUGGACCUCUGAGCAUCAGAAACAUGUUCCCAGAAAUGCACGAGAUUGCCAAUCAAUUGUGCAUGAAGAUCGCCCGUGUUGGCGCUCAUACACCAAUUGAUGCUAGUGACAACUUCACUCGUCUAGCACUCGAUACCCUGGCUCUAUGUGCCAUGGACUUCCGUUUCAACUCAUACUACAAGGAAGAACUGCACCCUUUUAUCGAGGCAAUGGGUGAUUUCCUCCUCGAGUCAGGAAAUAGAAAUAGGCGACCUGCUUUCGCUCCCAACUUUCUCUACCGUGCAGCCAACGAAAAGUUCUACGCCGACAUUGACCUCAUGAAAUCAGUAGCAGACGAAGUUGUCGCAACACGAAAGCAGAACCCCAGCGACAGAAAGGACUUGCUCGCUGCUAUGCUCGAGGGAACUGAUCCCCAAACAGGCGAGAAGCUGUCCGACGAGAACAUCACCAACCAACUCAUCACAUUCCUUAUUGCUGGUCAUGAGACAACCUCCGGCACUCUCUCUUUUGCCAUGUACCACCUUCUCAAGAACCCAGACUGCUACAGCAAGCUCCAGAAGGAAAUCGACGAGGUCAUUGGUCGCAACGCCGUCACCGUGGAACAUCUCACCAAGCUCCCCUAUCUCAGCGCCGUCUUGAGAGAAACACUCCGAAUCAGCUCUCCCAUUACCGGCUUCGGCCUCGAGGCCAUCGAGGAUACCUUCCUUGGAGGAAAGUACCACAUUAAGAAGGGCGAAACCGUUCUUUCUAUGCUCUCCAGAGGCCAUGUCGACCCCGUUGUUUACGGUCCUGAUGCCAACGACUUCAAGCCCGAACGUAUGCUUGACGAGGAAUUCGCCAGACUGAACAAGGAGUUCCCCAACUGCUGGAAGCCUUUUGGCAAUGGUAAGAGAGCUUGCAUCGGAAGACCUUUCGCCUGGCAAGAAUCGCUCCUCGCAAUGGCUCUUCUGUUCCAGAACUUCAACUUCACACAAACCGACCCCAACUACGAAUUGAAGAUUAAGCAGAACCUCACUAUCAAGCCUGACGGGUUCUUCUUCAACGCUACUCUGCGACACGGUAUGACACCAACAGAGCUUGAGGGCCAAUUGGCUGGAAAGGGAGCCGCUACUAGCAUCGCCUCUCACCACAAGGCCUCUGCAACUGCUGGAGCUAAGGCCAACAACGGAAAGCCCAUGGCCAUUUACUACGGCUCCAACAGCGGUACCUGUGAGGCUCUGGCCAACAGACUUGCUUCAGACGCCGCUGGCCAUGGCUUCAACGCAUCAAUCGUCGGUCCCUUGGACCAGGCCAAGCAGAACCUCCCCGAGGAUCGACCUGUCGUCAUUGUCACAGCUUCCUACGAAGGACAACCGCCUUCCAACGCCGCCCACUUCAUUAAGUGGAUGGAGGAUCUCAGCGGAAAUGAGAUGGAGAAGGUCAAUUACGCAGUCUUUGCCUGUGGUCACCACGACUGGGUUGACACCUUCCACCGAAUCCCUAAGCUUGUCGAUGCUACGCUUGAGAAGCGAGGUGGUACUCGCCUUGUUCCCAUGGGUAGUGCCGACGCUGCUACCAGUGACAUGUUCAGUGACUUUGAAGCCUGGGAGGAUUCCGUUCUCUGGCCUGGCCUGAAGGAGAAGUACAAUGUCACAGAUGAUGAGGCAAGUGGACAAAGGGGUCUCUUGGUCGAGGUGACAACACCACGAAAGACCACUCUCCGACAAGAUGUUGAGGAAGCCCUGGUUGUUUCUGAGAGGACCCUGACAACGUCCGGUCCUGCCAAGAAGCACAUUGAGAUCCAGCUUCCUUCAGGAAUGACCUACAAGGCUGGUGAUUACCUCGCCAUUCUUCCCCUGAACCCCAAGACGACAGUAUCAAGGGUCUUCCGACGAUUCUCUCUGGCUUGGGAUUCUUUCUUGAAGAUUCAAUCCGAUGGACCUACCACUCUGCCUACCAACGUGGCUAUUUCCGCAUUCGACGUGCUCAGUGCUUACGUGGAACUGUCGCAGCCAGCAACUAAGAGGAACAUCCUUGCCCUUGCUGAAGCCACCGAAGACAAGAAGACUAUCCAGGAACUCGAGAGACUUGCUGGUGAUGCUUACCAAGACGAAGUAUCCGCUAAGAAGGUAUCGGUUCUGGACUUGCUUGAGAAGUACCCAGCUGUUGCUCUUCCCAUCAGCUCAUAUCUCGCCAUGCUUCCUCCUAUGAGAGUACGACAAUACUCUAUCUCUUCAUCACCCUUCGCCGACCCCAGCAGACUCACCCUCACAUACUCUCUCCUCGACGUCCCCUCACUUUCCGGCCAAGGCCGUCACGUUGGCGUUGCCACAAAUUUCCUCUCACAGCUUGUUGCUGGCGAUAAACUCCACGUCUCAGUUCGCGCUUCCAGUGCCGCCUUCCACCUUCCUGCUGACCCCGAGACCACUCCCAUCAUCUGUGUCGCCGCAGGAACAGGUCUCGCUCCCUUCCGCGGCUUCAUCCAAGAACGCGCUGCCAUGCUUGCCGCCGGCCGUAAGCUGGCUCCCGCUCUUCUCUUCUUCGGCUGUCGCGACCCUGAAAUCGAUGACCUCUACGCCGAAGAGCUAGCACGCUGGCAGGAGAUGGGUGCGGUCGAUAUCCGUCGCGCCUACUCUCGUGCCACCGAGAAGUCUGAAGGUUGCAAGUACGUCCAGGACCGCAUUUACCAUGAUCGUGCAGAUGUUUUCAAGGUCUGGGAUGAGGGUGCCAAGGUUUUCAUCUGUGGAAGCCGCGAGAUUGGCAAGGCUGUUGAGGAUGUUUGUGUUCGUCUUGCCAUGGAGAGGGCGGCAGAAACACCGGAAGGAAAGGGCGCGACAGAAGAAAAGGCAAGGGCUUGGUUUGAGAGGAGCAGAAACGAGCGUUUCGCUACAGAUGUGUUUGAUUAA